GAUCUCACUCUGGAGAACUUCAGCAAACGGAAUUUGUCCCAUGCCAGGACUCAGCCCAGCUUUGCUCCACUCCCAGGCUCCUCCCUUUUGAACACACAGCUUACGUAAGGGGGGGACUUUAGUUUCCUUGGCUGAGCUCCAGAGAGUGUCUAAUGAUAUUGCUGUCUGUAGGCAACCGCCCUCUAUGUUCUGUGGAAAUCAUGCUAGUUUGCACAGAACACUUCUUUCUUUCCAAGAGAGCAGUGCCACAGGAGAAAGGAUGUCAGAUGAAGAAAAGUACAUUCGGCAGGACUGUCCAAUAGUCCAUGGCAUCCCAAUGGUCUCUGCAUUUUCCUCCAACUGGGAAAGGAUCGACAAUUUCCAGAGCAGGCCAGAGGACAUAGUGAUAGCUACAUACCCCAAGUCUGGCACCACAUGGAUGAGUGAAAUUGUGGACAUGAUCCUGAAUGAUGGUGAUCAUGAAAAAUGCAGGCAGGCUGCAAUCACUAACAGAGUGCCCAUGCUGGAAUUUGCUGUCCCUGGAAAGAUGCCAGCAGGCACAGAGCAACUGGCCAAGAUGCCAUCUCCUCGCAAAGUGAAGACCCACUUGCCAGUCCGCCUCCUACCCAAGUCCUUCUGGGAGAAUGGCUGCAAGGUGAUCUAUGUAGCCCGGAAUGCCAAGGAUGUAGCUGUCUCCUUUUACCACUUUGACCUGAUGAACAAACUGGAGCCACACCCGGGGACUUGGGAGGAAUACUUUGAGAAAUACAUGGCUGGCAGAGUUUCUUAUGGUUCCUGGUAUGACCACGUGAAAGGCUGGUGGGAGAAGAGGCAGAACUACCCCAUUCUCUACUUGUUCUAUGAGGACAUGAAAGAGGACCCAAAGCGUGAAAUUCGGAAGGUGAUACAGUUCCUGGGGAAAAACCUGACAGAGGAGGAUCUGGAUAGGAUUGUCUAUCACACAUCAUUCGACAUAAUGAAGGAGAAUCCCACCACCAAUUAUAGGAUGAUCCCACAAUCCCUGAUGGACCACAGCAUCUCCGCUUUCAUGCGCAAGGGGAUUGCUGGUGACUGGAAGAAUCACUUUACUGUGGCCCAGAAUGAGAGAUUCAAUGCAGACUAUGAGAAAAACAUGGCUGGGACCACCCUGCGGUUCCGAACAGAGGUCUGAUGUACCUUGAGUCUCCGUGUCAGGAUGCGAAUCCAAGCUAGAUUUCUGUGGGGCUUCCAGUGGCAGCAACUUUUCUUUUUCCUCCUCAUUCCGUGAAAAACCAGAGGGCAGCCCCCAGGAAAUGUCUCCAUCCCAGUGGUAGGCAGCAAUAUGUUGCAACUCUGGGAAGAGUCUGGGGUUCCUUUUAGAAAGUCCUGAGUAGCAGAAAGGCUCACUGCCUAGUUAGUUGCCAUACAAAUACACCCUAUUUUACUUCACCCCUUGUUGAAUGCUGGACUGUAUCGUGGCCAGCCUCACUGUGGGCAUGGACCUAGGUUUGGGUGUGAUGAUGAAGUAGCCAUCACUGGGGCACAUGUGGCUGACCUCCUCACCCCUACUGUUUAUUCUGCCAAUCACCCACUUGGUCCUUCUUUACAGUUGCUGCUACAGAGUGGGUGCAUAUAUAUACAUAAUUCAUGUGAUUUAGGCUGACUGCACAGUCCUAGGAAGGCACCUACAUGUGCACCCUGUUGGGAGCAGAUUUGCUCUUUAUGGCUAGGGACAGAAGUUACACAUAAACUGGUUUAAGUGAUCAGAAGCUGGUUUAAACCUGUAACAGAACAGAAGGUCAGUGCACUUAAACCGUUUUCAAAAUGGCUGAAACUGGUUUACAAUAAACCUGGUUGGAUGUAGUAUUAGACUUCACUGACUUAGCUCAAACCAGUUUAUAGAACUUCUGUCCCAGAUCCCCUCCCAGUUCAAGUUAACUCACGGUUCCCCAGUAUCCCAUAAUGUUUUGCAGCCCUGGGCUGGGCUACCUGCUCCAACAAGCAGGGUCUGCCCCACCCCUCUGCUCCCUAGCCAGAGCAAUGUCACUCUGGGUGGCUAAGGAGGUGUGGGGAAAAAACCCUCACCCCUCUGGCCAAGCAGCAGACCCCCAGACAGGUGCUACUGGUUGGAGGGGGUGGGGAGCCAGACCUCCAGCUAGGCGCUGCCAGCCUGGGGAAGGGAGGGGGAGUCCAAACCAGGAGUCCAGAGCUGGGAGGCAUGCCCCCUUCUCAGCCUCCAGGGAGACCCCUGCACCAGGGUUUGGCUCUGCCCCGGAAGCUGGGCUGAAGUCCCUUUGCCACAUCCCUUCCUCAGCCUCUGGGCCAGUUGAGGGUGGAGGAGAGGGGGCAGAAGCCUGCAGCAGGGCUUGGCUCCCCUUCCAUGCUUCCCUCUCAGCUGGCCCAGAGGCUGAGAAGGGGAUGUGGGAAGGGGGCUCCAGCCUGGCUCUGGGGUCUGAAGGGCCAGCCCUGAGGCUGAGGAGGGGGCAUGGCUCCUGGCUCUGGAGGCAGAUAGGGCACCGUGUCCAUGAGGUGAUCGCAGAACACCUCCUACCCCAGCCCCUGUAGUAGGGCACCUGAUUGGCUGCCCACACACCUUAGGCACAGAGGGUAUCCCCAAAACCAUGUGCACAUGCACAUCAGCCUAUUUUGAUGCACAUUAAAGCAUGACAAAAAACUGCGUGCUUUCGCUAAUGUUAAUCAAAUUAGGCUAAUGAGCCUUUUUCUACUACCUAACAAUGUAGGUACUAAAUUUAAUGUGCGUUAGCAAAAGCACAUGAAUGAACAUGUAGACAUGCCCACUGUGCAGUAAAUUAAUCUACUAUGCAGUAAGGUGUCUCGUAUAGAUGCACCCAGUAUGUCUACCCUGUAAAAUGAAGGUCUAAUUGUCACAUGUGCUACCUUAAUUUGGUCAGUAGGGGUAAGAACAACAACAGAAACACAGCAAUGCAGGCUUUAAUACCUGCUACAGCCAGAAUCACUGGAAGGUUUGUACUCUGAUUGCUACUGUGCCAGUGCCAUGGCAUCUCCCCUGCUGUUACUUGUGCCAGCUAGUACAUGCUACAACCAGCUAAUACAUGAUCCUUUUGCUGUUUAGAUGUAGCUCUAGAUUUUUCCUAUAACAGCAGCUAAACAGGAUGAGCAAAUAAAGAGGCUUUCACAAAA